UUUUUACACUUGCACUCCUCCUUUUUCUUUCUUUUCUUCUUGUCUCUUACUUCUUUCUUAUUAAUCCAAAACAGUUUCCUUCCAUCUACACAUAAAAAUAUAUGUAACUGGCCGGAGAAGAUAACAUUGAAGGAAGAGAUCAUGACUCCGAGAAGAUUUGUCAUGAUGAUGACAAAGAUGGUGAUGAUGGUGAUGAUGAUGAUGAUGGAUCAGACAUGCAUAUGUGCGGACAUUUCCAGAGGCAGUUUUCCAAAGGGCUUUGUCUUUGGAACUGCUUCUUCGGCUUUUCAGCACGAAGGAGCAGUGAAGGCAGAGGGCAGAGGUCCUACGAUAUGGGACACAUUUUCCCACACUUUUGGUAAAAUCACCGAUUUUAGCAAUGCUGAUGUUGCUGUUGAUCAGUACCAUCGUUACGAGGAAGAUGUACAACUUAUGAAAAAUAUGGGAAUGGACGCUUACAGAUUUUCCAUUUCUUGGACCCGCAUCUUUCCAAAUGGUGUUGGACAGAUAAACGAAGCUGGAAUCGAUCACUACAAUAAACUCAUAAAUGCUUUACUUGCUAAAGGGAUCGAGCCGUACGUGACACUGUACCACUGGGACCUUCCUCAGGCACUUCAUGAUCGAUACCUCGCAUAUGCGGAGGUUUGUUUCGAGAGAUUUGGAGAUAGAGUGAAGCAUUGGAUUACAUUCAACGAGCCACACACAUUCGCAAUACAAGGCUAUGACGUUGGCCUACAAGCUCCAGGCCGUUGCACUAUUCUUUUUAAGCUCACUUGUCGCGCAGGAAACUCAUCGACUGAGCCUUACAUUGUCGGUCACAAUGUUAUUCUAACUCACGCCACCGUAUCUGAUAUCUACAGGAAAAAGUUCAAGGCAAAGCAAGGAGGUUCGUUAGGGAUAGCGUUUGAUGUAAUGUGGUUUGAACCGGAGUCGAACAAGACAGAGGACAUUGAAGCUGCACAAAGAGCUCAAGACUUUCAACUUGGCUGGUUUUUGGAUCCAUUGAUGUUUGGGGAUUAUCCGAGCUCGAUGAGAAGCAGAGUAGGAAGCAGAUUACCGGUGUUUACGGGAUCUCAAUCUGCUCUGGUGAAGGGUUCUUUAGAUUUUGUAGGAAUUAAUCACUACACAACGUACUACGCAAGGAACAAUGCCACCAAUCUCAUCGGCACCCUUCUACACGACGCCAUUUCUGAUUCUGGAACCGUCACUCUACCGUUUAAGGGUUUAAGCACAAUUGGAGAUAGGGCAAGUUCGAUAUGGUUGUACAUAGUGCCUAGAGGGAUGAGAAGCUUGAUGAAUUACAUCAAACAUAGAUAUGGAAACCCUCCCGUCUUUAUCACUGAAAAUGGAAUGGACGAUCCAAACAGCAUUCUGAUCUCAAGAAAAGACGCUCUUAAAGAUGCAAAGAGAAUCAGAUACCAUCAUGAUUAUCUUUCGAGCUUACAAGCUUCGAUAAAAGAUGGAUGCAAUGUGAAAGGGUACUUUGUAUGGUCGCUAUUGGACAAUUGGGAAUGGGCAGCAGGUUACAGUUCAAGGUUUGGUCUCUACUUCGUUGAUUAUAGAGACAAUCUCAAGAGAUAUCCUAAGGACUCUGUUCAUUGGUUCACUUCUUUCUUGAACUCCACUUCUUGAUUUCCCCUCCCAUUUUAUUGGUUUUGCUUAAUGUAUACAAACUUUAUGAUUAGUUAUGGAUUGUAGUUUAGAAAAAUAUACUAAAUUAAGAGUU